CGGAGGAUGAGAUUGGCUGGCAGGCUGCCUAGAAGAAGGGGCGGGGACAUCAGCUGAUUGAUAGAGAUCGGAAGUGGAGGAGGAGGAGGAGGAGGAGGAGGAGGAGGAGGAGGAGCAGCUGAGUCGAGUCAGUAAAUCCACGAUGAGCCGGCUCUGCUGCAGACAACAAGUGUUCAGAGAGAGAGAGAGAGGAGGGCGAGGGAGGAUAAAACGAGGUUACUCUAUAACCGAGAGAGAGUGACGGGACGAGAGAGAGAGAGGGGGAGCGGAGAAGGAGGUUACCACGGCAACUCGGGGGACGUCGCUGCAGCGGCGAGGACACCAGGACACGCAGGUUGAAGAGAUUAUGAGCAGAUGGAGGACAGACCUGGUAGUCCAGUUCUACCUCUGACCCUCAUCAAACAGUUUGGCAUUUUACUGGAUACCAGGAGGUCAAGGGACCCUAUGUUCAAAUAGCCAAGGUCCACAGAAAAAGGAGGAUCAGGGCAUUUAGGUGCCAACAUGUCUCAGGCAGGUAAAGUCCUCCACCUGUACGUUGAGGUGAGGGCUGUUGCUGAGGAGGAAGGGAAGGUGCCGGGAGGAAGAGAUGAUGGGACUGGUCAUCUGAUGCUUCAGUGCCCAGAUGUUCUCCCUCACUCCCAGAGAAGCUCCACCCACUCCAGCCCCAACCGCAGUCCAGAACUUUCUCCAGUCUCUCAGCACCAAACCGGGGUUGGAAGCCACAGCUCACCUCCCUCAAAGUCCUCCUCCAGGCACUCAGUCAGCUUCCAACUUCAAAACCCUGAUGCUACAGGGUCUCCCACCCAGGUCCACCGGCAGGAUUUGUUGUAUGACAGUUUCAGUCAAUUACUUCAGGUCCUUGCACCUGCAAUGACUAGUCCAGGCCAGCAUGGCUCACUGGGACGCACCCGUUCCUCUGACAUGGACACCUACCGGGGAAGGGUGCCUAUCUCCCCAUUGUCUACAUCCUCUGGCAGGCUGACUGUACCCUCCACACCCACCAGCAACCGCAGAUCCUAUGAGGUCCCAGGGGUGGGGGGUGAGGAGGGGAAGACAUCUGUGGUGACCUUUGGCUACGUAGAGAAAGCUAACGUUCACAGCAUGGGGGGCCGCCGUACCUCUGUGUGCCAAAGUGAUUUGGUCAAUCCAUUUAACAGACUGGAGGGGCAGCUGCUGCGGAAGAGGCUGAGUGACCCAGUGUGGUACAAUGGUCAGCCAGGGCAGGGCGAUCCUUAUCGCAGUCACCCCUACCCAUCUAAGAAUCAGUCCCCACAGGGCUCGCCUCACAUGCAGAGUGCUAGCCUGGACGCAGUUGCCAGAAAUGCCACCUACAGGGCCUUGGAGGAGUUUGGAUCCCCAGAACUCAAGCGCAGAUUUUCUUGUCACAGCCCGAAUUGCAGCCCGACCCUGCCACGGCACUACCAGUCCCCUCGCUGCCGGUCCUGGGCGGGGUCACCUGUCUUGCCUCGCAGCACCCUCACCCUGCCAUCCAAGGCCCAGCUCCUGGAGUUGGACAGGGGAGUCUGCCGUAGUACAGUGAAUGGACUACCCAGAAGUCCUGCCUCUGACCACCUGUGUGCCCACACUGGGUACUCCUCCCACACAGUGGCUCCAACCUCAACUCUUCGCUCUUAUGGCCUUCCCCAAAGCCAGCAGAGGCCAUGGGUGGGGGACGAGAGCCCCAGGUUGUCUAGCAAAUUUCACCCACCUUUACCUGCAGGGAGACCCACAGACAUCCAGCAUGAGAUCCCAACUAGCAUAUUCCCCAUCAGCAACCAUUCCAGGACUGGCUACCAAGCUAGUGCGAACACCCAACACAGUGUUAAUAGUAGUUAUAGUGCUAACAUCACCAACACCAGUCAUAAUGUUACAGACAGUAUACACUACAGUCCUAAUGAUAACUCCAACUUAUCCAGCAAGACUCACUACAAAUCGUCACGCUGCAGUAGCAGAGCCAGUGACAGAGUCAGCCCUACCAAUGGCAGCAGAAGCAUCUCCCCAUCCUUAAAUGCAGAAGUGGCUGGUAAGUUAGCUGUGGAGGCUGCCAAACUGUCCAGCAUUUUUGCAGACAGACGGACUCCUUCUCCGACACUUUCUCAAACUGAGUCACUAAGGUCAGAGAGCCCCAAGACAGGAGGGUCAUUCCUACGAGAAUCCCAACCUUAUGCCGCUCUUCAUGGGCGAAGCUCCCCUGAGCCUCUGCAGGCCAACAACCAGAACCACAGACGGAAAACGGAUAAAGCAGUAUCUCAAAACAAACCAGGAUGUGUCUCCCCUCUCUUAUCCCAGAAAGGCCUGUCUUCACCAGCAUCUCCAGCCUUGCCGGCUAGGUUACACCGUGCAGCCACCUCUCAAUCAUCAGUCUUGGACCCACGGCAGCAACAGGGUUCAUCGCCCACUAAGGACGUGUCUGCCCUGCACCGCUACCAGCUGCCACAAUACACUGGAGACCAUAAAUCGCCUAGCAUGGAGCCAAGGCAGUAUGAUCACCUCUUUGAUAGAUCACCUAGGGACAGCCCUGAACUCUCCAGGAGACUUUUCUCCAGCCAAAACACGGAAGCAUUCCCUGUUAGCUGGACCUCCAGGCACCAGGAGUGGAGGGAGGCUGGACCAGUCCAGGAUGGGGAUGAACUCUGUGAAGAAAACUUCAGACAGUCAACCUCUGGAAUUUACACUCCAAGCAAAGAGGAGUAUCAUAGGAAAGUCGGAAAAGACAAAGGAAUAAAGACAUCAGUGCAGGGGUACCAGAGGCCAGUUAUUGGCGUGUCCAAAGAUCAGAGAGAGGAGGUUCAGGAUCACAGCGGAGCUACUGGGACAUCCUCUCAAAGCUCGAGUGGGGUAACGGGCAGCAUGGGAGACAGUUCCCAGCUGGACAGAAACGACAGUCUGUCCCCCGAAACCUCGAGCCAGUCCAGCCACGAUACAGCAGACACCGGCUCAGGGAUACAGUCGGACGGUGGAUCAGCGACGACUCCGUCCUUGCGAUCGCAGAAGAUCGCCCGAGCCAAGUGGGAGUUCCUGUUCGGAGGGCAGACGGAGGAGAGUCGCUGCAGUAAAGACGCUCCGUCCGCGACGCCACCGACCAGCGGCUCGCCCAGCCCCACCCCUCCCUCCUCCCUCGACCUGAAACCAGCCAAUCAGAGGAGGGGGCGGGACAGCGAGGGUCAAAAGUUGUCGCAUCACGAGGUGCGGCAGGUCGAGGUGGAGCUGGUGACCCCCGACCCCCGAGGCUCCACCCCCAAGACGGGCAUCAUCCGGCAAACCAUCAAAUACUCUCGAGACUGA